GGGGCCGGGCACAGCGCCGAUUGGGCGGCUUCGGGCGGAAGUCGGGAGGUUUGGUGGUCUGAAGACGCUAGCUUGUGACUGGGAGGGGGAGAAGGAAGGCUUCUGUGAAGGAUUCCUUUUCGUCCUCUCCGUCCUGGGGACCUCACAAAAAACCGACACUCCGGCCCCGCGGCUGGCCCUUCCCCCAGGCUCUCUCCGCUUGAUUUCGCCACGGCCACCGUUAUGUGGGAAGCGAAUCUGCAGCUAAUCAACCUUAAAAUAUGAAGGAAUGAAAACUAAGAAGCAGUUGUAAACCAUUCCUUGGAGAGAGUUUAAGAAUAUGAAUAAAGAGUCAAAGAUAACAAGCCUGCUUCACUGAGCUCAGGAGAUGUUUCACAAAACAGAAGAAUUCAUGUCCAAAACCACGGAGGGUGGAAUGGAUGACAUGGACACAUCAGAUACGCAGUGGGGCUGGUUCUUCCUGGCGGAGUGUGGGAAGUGGCACAUGUUUCAGCACCACUUGUGUGGCCCCUCACUCGUGUGAGCAGCUGGUAAACGAAACUCUCUGGUCUGUCUUAAAGCCGGAUGCCAACAUCCAGUGUUCAGUCAGCAGUGAAGAUAUCGAGAAAAGCUUCAAAACAAACCCUUAUGGCUCCAUUUCUUUUACCACUUCCAAAUUCAGCUACAAGAUAGACUUCGCAGAAAUGAAGCAAACGAAUCUCACCACUGGGAAGCAGCGCUCAAUAAAAAGGGGUCCCUUUUCUAUCACCGCUUUCAGCUAUAUCUGUGAAAAUGAGGCCAUACCCGUGCCACCACACUGGGAGAAUGUGAAGAGUGAAGUGCCCUAUCAGCUCGUUUCUCUGCACAGCCAGACACAUGAAUAUAAUGAAGUUGCCAGUCUUUUUGGGAAGACAAUGGAUCGCAACCGAAUCCAAAGAAUUCAAAGAAUUCAGAACUUAGAUUUAUGGGAGUUCUUCUGCAGGAAAAAGGCUCAGCUCAAGAAAAAAAGAGGCGUCCCUCAGAUUAAUGAGCAGAUGCUGUUUCACGGUACCAGCAGUGAGUUUGUGGAAGCAAUUUGCAUUCAUAACUUCGACUGGAGAAUAAACGGUGUACAUGGCGCUGUCUUUGGAAAAGGAACCUAUUUUGCUAGAGAUGCUUCUUACUCCAGCCGUUUCUGCAAAGAUGACGUAAAGCAUGGAAACACAUUCCAGAUUCAUGGUGUCAGCCUGCCACAGCGGCAUCUGUUUAGAACGUACAAAUCUAUGUUUCUUGCUCGGGUGCUGAUCGGAGAUUACAUAAAUGGAGACUCCAAAUACAUGCGACCCCCUUCCAAAGACGGGAGCUAUGUGAAUUUAUAUGACAGCUGUGUGGAUGAUACCUGGAAUCCAAAGGUUUUUGUGGUUUUUGAUGCCAACCAAAUCUAUCCUGAGUACUUGAUAGACUUUCAUUGAUUUCAGCUCCGGUUCUCAAUGGUCAAGAGAGUUUUGUUCUUUUUUGCAGGAGGAUUUGCUCUCCUGUCAUCUAGCUACUAAAUAUUAAUUAUCUGAUACUUUUGAAUCAGAUGUGAAAAAAGUAGCUUCCACAUAAAAACACGUACUGACUAUAAGGUUGCUUUUCUGUUUCAUUUUUCUGUUGUUAUUCAUAUCGACUAUUAAAAACGAAUACCAUUGCCAUUUUAACACACAAGGGUGAGAGAUAGCAUUAAAAAUCAAAUCAGCUGAGUCUCACCACCAUGGUUAUGCAGUCUUUAUAUUUUACACGUGUGAUGGGGAUAAAUGAUUUUAGUUCACAUGGACUUACUCAUCUACAGUAUAUAUUCAGAAAAUAAAAAUAUAGGCAAACAUACCUCUUUAGAGAAAUGGAUCUUUUAUAAAUUGAAUUCUGGUGUUAUUGGCUACCAAUCAGCUUAUUGUCUGGUUGGCCUUUGAAGGAGAGAUACAAACCCUUAAACAGUCGGCCCUUUGAGAGACAUAAGAAACAAGGACUUUAUUCUCAGUGCUGUCCAACAAGUCAAAGGAGAGUCUAGAGAGCCCUGCUUCCUGUUGCCCUACUACCUCAGGCUGCAGCCUCACACUUGUUCUGUCAUUCUCUUUUGUGGCCUGUGUGACAGAAGCUGUAGACUGGUUCACCCAUUGCUCUCCCGGCCAGGGUUCUCUGAUUCUUGCACUAAGACACGGUGUGUAAGGUAUCUAUUUCAUCUUCCAAGUGCAAGCUUUAUUUAUUGCCUAAAAUAUUUGUUUUCCCUUUGUUUUAGAGUCCCUACAGUGAUUACUUCUAAAGUGUUUUCAUCUGCCUCCUACAACACUCACAGUUUUCAACAGUGGUUUCGAAAAUUCACAUUUUCCCAUUUUGAAUAAUUGCAGAAAACAUGGAAUGUUCAGAACAACACUGGUUUAUCCUUUUUUUUUUUUUUUUUUGGUACCGGGAAUCAAACUUGGGACCUUGUGCUUGCGAGGCAGGCACCGGAACCACUGAGCUAAAUCCCCGGGCCUGGUUUAUCCUUUUGAGUAGCAGUAGGCACCUUCUAACUCUGAAUGGUUAGAUAGAAUAAUCCGUUGUUGUAUUCAUGGAACUAUGUUUACCAUCUGUUUUGUUGCUCCUACUGUAAGGAAAAAUAAGCAGUGUUGCACCAACUUACUACCUGUAAGUGUUCUAGCAGAGACUAGACAACAGUUUGGCAGGAUAUUGUACAGGAGUUGAAGUAUUGGAUGAGGAAUUGCCCAGAUGAUUUAAAGAGUCUUUCCAGCAUUGAUUUUUCCAAGAUUCUCUCUGAAAAGUAGAACACUUGUACCAUGCCUUUCUCAGAAAAUAUUUUUCUAACUCCUCAUAGUACUGAAUUCUCUCUCCAGUAUCCUUACUCAAUUUUAGCAGAAACUUAGUGAACACAAUUUAACUUCCAGAAAGUAUCCAUGCCCAUAUUGCUUUAUUCAACCAUUUGAGUUAGGGAGGCAUCUAGAAAUGAUAGAAGUAGAGUAUAGUAUGGAAUUAGUGAUAGUAAUUCUCUAAGUGCCAUAUACCACCAGAUUUUCAUUAGACCCCAGAAUAUGUGUAAUUCUGCAGUGAAAGUAAAUAGUACACAGGAAAUUGCUUGCACAAAAUUUGGAAACAAAGUAGCAACAAGGAUUUCCUAAUUCAGAUAUGCAGAUUCAUUGCCAGUUUAGAUGAAGUGCUGGGGAUAUUUAGAAGAAGCACAUCUUAAAAACAUCCAGCAGUUGUCGUGGAGACACAGCCGCAGGGCUGCCCUAGAGAGAGGAGGCACAACACAACUCAAGAUUAACUUGCAAAGCACAGUGCUGGACACACUAGGAAUUCAGAUACUCAGAGUCUUUUCAUUCUAUUUGUUGUUUACAUAAAAAUAUUGAAGUACUUUCCCUUUUAACAUGGCUAUCUCCCCGCCCCAAUGUUACACGCAUGUCUUCCUCAGCACUUGAAUAACUGUUGGAGUAUUUGGGAGUUGUUUUUUUUAGGCAUGUGCAGAAGUUAUCUCAGGGUGACUGGUACUGGAAGGCAGCCUGUGAAGUGUGAGCCUGUGUAUCAGGCUGAUCCAUGGUAAGUAGGGUACACUGCAGUCACUGUUGGAAGAAAGUGCUGUGCUAUUGUUCAUGUCUGAGAAUGUACUACCACUUCUUUUUUAUAAGAACUGAUUUUUGAUACAUGUUUUAAAAUAUAAUGGUGUAAAGUUGUUGCUGUUACAGUUUUCUUUGGUGAUUAAGUUGGGCUGAAACAUGUCAUCAGUUUAUAAUGAGGCUGAUUACAGCCAUUUAGCAUGGCUUCCUCUGGUCAUUACAUGGUGUGCAUGAGAAGAGUGAAGAGAAGCCGUGCCAGAGUAACGAUAAAGGAUUUUUAAAACUCUGUGUUAAAUAAAUUGCAGCUGGUAGUGACUUUCCUCUUUCCCUUUGGGGAGCCUCAGUAAAAAUAAAUGUGUUUUUAAAAAACACUUAGGUAAGACUGUUAUGAACAGGCAAGUUUUGUUCAGUGCUUCAUUUCAUUUCCAGGCCACUGUGGUGAAGACAAAGAGGAAUCUGGAGCCACUUUAAUCUGUGAAUGUGUUGUUCUACAUUUGGUGAUUAAAGCUCUGCAGUGAG